AUGUACGGCAACACUAUCGUUAAAAGCUUGAAUUGCGGGGAAUUCAAAAGAAUCUCUGUUCAAUCCUUACUGAAUAGGGAAGAACCGAUGCCAACCCUAACAAUAACUCCAAAGAACGCAAUGGAUCGUUCUAGAUUAGCUGGUAGGAAUGCAAGACCUAUCCUGCCUACGAUGGGCCUAUUUAAAAGGGGAGAAAAGGCCUCAAUUACGAAAACCUGCGGCCAAUGCAAAGAAACAAAAAGCUCAUCUCAAUGGAGAGAGGGUCCAACCGGUGGAUCGUGCCUCUGUAACGCAUGUGGACUUUUCUAUAGAAAACUGUUUUUGGCCUUUGGGAAACAGUCUGCUAAACGAUACUUGGAAGAAAUCAAAAAAACUGGAGCAAAAAGACGGAUUCCGAGGAUGCUUUAUGGGAUGCAAAGAAGCUCAUAG